GCAUACACUACAAUGGCUGCUGGAAAGAGGGGAAAGCAAACAAUUUCCAGGCCCGCCGCGUCCAGCCCGAAAUAUGGGGAAAAAAUUACAGAAAAAUCGGAGAACCCUGUAAAAGGCGGGAAGAGGGCGCUCAGGGGAUGCUGAGGCUCCCGCGCCCCCUUCAGCCCCUGAAAAUCUGUUCUUGAAGACUGGAGAACCCUUGGGAAUAAUGUGAGAUAUGGUGCAGGAAACUGCAGAUGGAUUGAGGAAAUGGUAAAAGUGUCCCCUUCUGUGAACUGAAGAGCAAUGUAACAUCCAGUAAAUAAGAAGACAAAGAGGCAGCUGGAAAGCAGGAAUAGACCACAGCAUCUGAAGACCAGAUUAUGUUGAGGAUCCUAUUAACCAAUAAUAGAAGAAAAAAUAUGGAACCUUGUAUGACCACAACUAUCAGAAACAAAAACAGACUACCUUGAAAACUCCAUGUAUCUGUAAUACACUGUAAUUCUGGAUUUUAAUGUAUGCUUUAACAACAAAUUCCAGAAGCCAUCUUGGAAAGGACUUUGCUGUCAUAGCCAAAAACCUGAAGAUCAAUAUAGGAAACUUUUGUAACCACAAGCUUUUUUUCUGUACAGUUAUUAAUGUGUCGCUAUAUAAGGGAGGGGGAAGGGAGUUACCACACUUUCAGUUCAUUUGCAACCUCUGGCUUGGCUAUAUUGGUUAUCCCAACCUGCAGAGAAAGAUUGAGACUGAUAAUACAAAUGAAGAUGUGGAUGUAUGAAGGCUAAGUUGUAGGUAGAAAUGAAUUAACUGGCUCAGCAGGAAGUAAAUAAUCUCACCUACUGUGCAUGUGAAGGCUUUGGGCGUUGUGGAUCAUUGCACUAUUGAAGAAUAUUAAUAGGCAUCAACUUUAUAUACUGUGCAGUGCACACACACAAAAAUGAAGAAAAAUGAAUAGAUCAGCAAAAAUGGGAAGCACUGGAUUCUGGUUUGCUCCUAGACAUGUCAGUGGAACUGGUUAAGACCAAAAUCUGAAGGUUUUUCUUCGUUAUCCGUCACCAGGUGUGCACUGAACAGAGGCUACCAUAAAUCUGUUUUGAGUAUGAACACCUUUUAAAAUGUCCCCUUUUGCUUUCUUUAACGACCACAUGAAACUUGAGAAGCCAUCUAAAGCUAAAUCAUUUAGUGGAGUUGGGCAAUUCCCAAGUGUCCAACAAGAAGGCCUGGUUUAGGCUGCGAUGGCCACAGUCAUUCCUGGUGAUUUGUCAGAAGUAAGAGAUACCCAGAAAGUCCCUUCAGGGAAACGUAAGCGUGGUGAAUCCAAACCAAGAAAAAACUUUCCCUGCCAACUGUGUGACAAGGCCUUUAACAGUGUUGAGAAAUUAAAGGUUCACUCAUACUCUCACACAGGAGAGAGGCCCUACAAGUGCACGCAACAAGACUGCACCAAGGCCUUUGUUUCUAAGUACAAAUUACUAAGGCAUAUGGCUACUCAUUCUCCUGAGAAAACCCACAAGUGUAAUUAUUGUGAGAAAAUGUUUCAUCGAAAAGAUCACCUAAAGAACCAUCUACAUACACAUAAUCCCAAUAAAGAGGCCUUUAAGUGUGAAGAAUGUGGAAAGAACUACAACACGAAGCUUGGGUUUAAGCGUCACCUGGCUUUGCAUGCUGCAACAAGUGGUGACCUCACCUGUAAAGUAUGUUUGCAAACAUUUGAAAGCACAGGGGUGUUGCUAGAGCACCUAAAAACUCACGCAGGCAAAUCAUCAGGUGGGGUGAAAGAGAAAAAGCACCAGUGUGAACAUUGUGAUCGUCGGUUUUACACCCGCAAGGAUGUCCGAAGACACAUGGUAGUGCACACUGGAAGAAAGGACUUCCUUUGUCAGUAUUGUGCACAGAGAUUUGGCCGGAAGGAUCACCUAACACGGCAUAUGAAGAAAAGUCAUAACCAAGAACUUCUGAAGGUCAAAACAGAGCCAAUGGACCUUCUAGACCCAUUUACUUGCAAUGUUUCUGUGCCUAUAAAGGAUGAGCUGCUUCCAGUGAUGUCUUUAUCUUCCAGUGAACUGACAUCAAAGCCAUUUACAAACACUUUGCAGUUAAAUCUCUACAACACUCAGAUUCAGUCCAUGCAGAGCUCAACAUCUGCACACCAAAUGGUUGCCACAUCAUUACCUUUAGGAAUGUCUUGUCCAAUAGAUAUGGAAUCUGUCCACCCUUCUCACCAGCUUUCUUUAAAAUAUCCACUCAGUUCUACCUCGUAUACAGUUUCUAUGUCUGAUAAAGAGCAGCCAUUGAAAGGGGAAAUUGAAAGUUACUUAAUGGAAUUGCAAAGUGGAAUGCCUUCAUCCCAAGAUUCUCAAGCAUCUUCAUCUAAAUUAGGGUUGGAUUCUCAAGUAGGUCCACUAGAUGAUGGAUCUGGGGAUGUUGCCCUUUCUAAAAGUUCUGUUUCUAUUAGUGAACCUCUAAGCACACCAUCACUGGACUUUUCUCAGUUAUUCAAUUUUAUACCAGUAAAUGGACCUCCUUUUAAUCCUUCUGUUUCUGUGGGAAAUCUUGGAAUGGGUUACACACAGGAGGAGGCACAUUCAUCUAUGACUCAGCUUCCUCCACAGGCACAAGAUCCACAAGACCCUGGUAAUGGUAUAGGGCUUGGGUCUUUGCAUUCACUGUCAGCAGCUUUCACAAGCAGUCUAAACACAACCACAACCCUACCACGUUUCCAUCAAGCUUUCCAAUAGGAUGAAAAAUAGCCUUGUGACAAUUUUAUUUGUAGAAAUGCCUUAGAUUAAUGUAGUGCCUACUAUGUCAUUUGUAAAUCUACUUUUGUACAGUACCAAUUUCAUUAAGCCAGUAUGAAAUUCAAAUUAACUUUUAAAAUAUUUUGAAUGUGUUCAUUCACAAUUGUUUACUUUUAUUUUUUAAAACUGUCUGUAUUCACACUGCCAACAGACCCACACACACAUAUAAAGAACCAUUCCCAAAAUGUUACAUGUCCCAUAUUUUAAAACUUCAUUAAGAUUUGGUAAUUCCAUAGGUCAAUGGAAUGGUGGCUAUUUUAAAAACUUAAGAAUAGCAACAAAGCACUAAUAUUAAUACAAGUCAGUUCCUAAAAAUACAGCUUUCUUUGUAACCUAAAAUACUGAUUUAUGAAUACAUUUGUUACUGUUGUAUGAAAAACUGUAGAGCAUUUAUAGUUUUCUUAGAAGAUUGGAAGGAUCUACAAUUGCUUAAAUACUUUCACCAGAUUAGAGAGGAAGAACUCUCUCAUUUAAGUGCAAUUACAAAGUAGUAUAAUUUGGCAAGAAAAGUAUGCCUAAUUAGCAAGUUUAAAAAGUGAAAAAUUAAGAGCUGGCUUUGAAAUAUAAAAUAUAACUUCAUUAUUUCUUUUUUUAAAAAACCAUCUUUUCUAGAUGUCAUCCAGAAGGUGGGUUAAAUCCAGCACAAACAUUUUAUAUGCUGUCAAUUUGAUUAGCUUGCAGUCAGAAAAUGAAUGUACAUUUGCAAAUACAUGUUUCCAUGUUUUCAUUGGAGUAGAUCUUUUAAGCUGUGUUUCAUGAUGUGUAAUCAUGCCCUAAAAACAACAAAGGUGGUAAUCACAGUUACCAUACCUGGGUAUUUGGCUAGUGAUCUUUUUUCAAUGCCAAGAAUUAAGAACAGGACUCUUAGGAGUGAAGUAAAAGCAUAUUGCUUAUGCCACUUUUACCUAAUACAAGGGUAUUUAGGAAAAGUAACAAAAAAUGGCUACUUAUGCUGUAUGUCACAUUUAUGUUGCUUUCCAGAACACCCUUUUCUAUUCUCUAUCCCCUGAAAACCAAAAGAGGGAAUAACUGUGAUAUAUAAAUGCAAAAUCUAGUUUUGCUAUAACUUGGAAAUAUUGUAUUCCUUGUCAUUUUAAGAGGAUUUUUUUUUAAAAAAAUGCAUAAUUCUCUCCAGUAAUUUGUGUGGAUGAAUACAUAGGUUUAAAGUGGUUAAAAUAUACUUCACAAAAACAAAAGUUGCUCCCAUUGAGGAGCUUUUGCUCCCAAUAUUUGUAUCAUUAGUUCCUACUUUUUUAUCGUAGGAACAAUAUGCAGGUGUGAUUUUGCUAUUUUAUACUGAUGUAUUUAAAUUUUAGUACUGAAUGGUAACUUUUUAUAAAUGUUUAUGUUCCAAAGGCAUUAAAAUAAGGAUGUAUUAAUAAGGAAAAUACCUUUUCAAAACUUUGCAAGCUGCUCCAAUAUGCUGUGAGAAUACUUUCUCAAAGUAGACUCUAGCUCUGCUGCAUGAUCGCUUCCUUUAGUUUCUAUGAAACAGAUUGCUAAAAUAUAUCUCUAGUGGAAUGAUUUGUUCAAUAUUGCUUUCCAGCCUUUUAGCACCAUCAUUUUAAGGGGAAAACAUAUCAAAAGAAAAUUGGAAAUAGUACAAAAUACUUUAUGGUCCAAAUGGCAUAAAGCUAGUAGAAAUUUCCUUCUUUUUUUGUACUAGAAAGGAUAGAAAGGUUUUACCUCUUCAAAUGAAACGUAUCCUAUAAGGAAAUUAAACAACCGAAAGUGCUUUUCUGUAGAUGUUGAAUAUGAUCAACACCUUAUGGCACAUGCUGGCCUUCUUUGUCCAUUUUUUCAAUUCAAACUAUUGUGUUUGUUACUGGGAAACAUCAUCAGACAACUGUUGGAAAAGUUUUACACUUAUUUCAGAAGUGAGUUGAACUAGUUUUAACCUUUCAGUUUCUAACAGAGGCUUACCACUACAUUAGUUACGGUGUUUGACAGGGAUGGUAUGUACAAAGCAUGUUUCAGCAAUGUUGUUUUCAGUGUUAGUUGCUGGUUAACUUGAUUUUUUUAAAAACUAGUUUUUCCAGUACUCUUUAUACAUAUGAAGACUCCAUAUUGUUAUGGCAGUUCCUUCAGGAUCAAAAAUGGGAUUGAUUAAAGAGACAGGUGCACUUCAAAUAAGUAGUAGGACCUCAGACAAGAUAUUGAACCUCAUUCAGUUAGUACUUCAUGUAGCUAUACCUUGUGUGCAAGCCACUGAAGUAAAGUGUAUGAAUAUAUGGAAGCAGAAUGACAGUGUAGGCGUUAUUUACACAUUAGUGCUUUAUGACUAUCAUUUAGGCAGAAAUUUUGUUGGCGAUAAAAAAUGUCAAUCUUAAAGCCUAUUUUGUAGUUACCAGGUUAAUUCUUAAGAGUGAAGUGUGGUGUGUGCUGGCUGAUCAUACACCACACUUUGUACAACUUCUAAACUUCUGCUAUGGAUUUUAAAAAUAUUAUAUAUAUAAUUUGCUUGUGUUUUAUUAGUAGUGAAUUGUGGAAUAGAGUGAUUUAUUCAUUUGGCAGUAGAGGUUUUCAAAAACCGUAUACUGACUAAAACAUGAGCCAGACCUGAUUGCUUUAUUAAGCUAAUAAUGAAUGUUAAGAGUACAUAUUUUCAGGAUCUUUUGCCUAGUGAGCUCUUUAUGUAUUGUAGGUUGGGUGUGUGUGUGUGUGUGUGUGUGUGUGUUUUGUUUGUGUGUAUGUACGUAUGUAUGUGGGUGUGUAAGUAUGGGUGUUUUAAACUAAAGCUCCGAUCAACUUCUGUGUUACACAUAAUACAAGAUAUAGCACUUUCAAAAAGAAAACCUAAACCUUAUAAAAGAUAAUUUCUUACAGGUUAUGCUUUCUAUUAUAAAAUCUUAUAUUAUAAUUUUUCAAGUGCCAUUAGAUGACAUAUGUGGGCCUUUGGUAUAAUGCUUUGGGUACAAAAUGGUAAACAUUUGUAACUUUUAACAGGUACAUCUUAAAGUGUUUUUGUAUCAAUUUGCUAUAUUGCACAGAACCAGUGUGUCUUUUUAAAGGGUUUUACAGUGGAUUUCUUGGUUUACAUGUUUCAAACUAUGCCGUCUUCUACUGCCAUUUAAUAGCAGUCCAAAAUUGAGUGGUCAACAUUAGUUAAGUGUAUACUCAAAUCUUGGAGGUUGCAGUCAUGUGCCCACUAAUACUAGGUAAGUCCCACACAUUUCAGUGGGAAUUACAUGUGUGAAAAUAGGCACAGGAGUUCAGCCUUACAUCUCAGUCCUAUGUAUGUUUACCUGGAAGAUCCACUAAAUUCAAUGGAAUUUACUUCCAAAUAAAUACACAUAGGAUUGCAACUUUCAGAAUGUUUAAUAAGCAGUGUUCUAAAGAUAUGAUGUCCUACCAUAGCUAUGCUGCUGUUGAAAUUCAAAUAGGGUUGAUCCUGUGCCUGUAUAAAGAGAAGGAUUAAGCUCUUAAGUAUUUGUCUCAUACACUGGUUUAGCAGCUUAAAAUGACGUGCCUCUUAGUAAUAAAAACUUAUACAUUAUUUGCUAUGGAGUACAUCAUGUAGGUUCAGUUGCCUGUCUGCAUCCUGUCAGUAUAUAGUGAAAACAGCCAUCUAUUUGACAUUAAAGGAAGACCAUUUAAAGUGAUGCCAUGGUAAUUAAAAUAUAUUUUAGUCCCUUAAUCCCUAUAAGGGUGGUGGUGUGUUGAAAGUCCAUGUCUUUUGAAAAGUAUUUAACCCUAAAAAUGACACAGAUUAUUGCUAAAUGCAUGUAUAUACUUUUCAGUAUAAGCUUCAGUGGUACAGUUGAACCAGAAUGAAUGUUUAUCUUCUCAGAAACACUCCUGCAAAUAUAGUGGAUCAUGCUGCUAAUAUAACUUGGGAUACAACUCCUCUCAUGGUGCUACAGACCUCCCUGUCUCAUUUAGACUGAUGUAUUUUUAUCCAUAGAGAAAGGCCUAUACUAGAUUUAUAGAUGUAUGAUAUAUUUUUAUACUGUGACUUAAUUUGUCAUUAAUGAUUUUUGUACACCACCAUGUUUUCAUAUGCACUUGCAAAAGGAGAAACUUGGACAUGCAAAUUAUACCCAGAUAAGCCUAUUCUCAAAACUAGAAGAUGACAAUUGAAAGGGGGCUUUUGAUAUGGUGUGAAGUGAAGAACAUACUUAUUUCUAAGACCCCUUUGAAUAUUGACAAACUGGGAAACAAUAUAAAAAGGAUGACACCUGAACCUGAGUUGGAUUGCUGAAAUUAUAUUUUUAGAUAGUGAGCAAUGUUUGGACUUGUGUGCUAAAAUGUUUUAAUGAUACAGAUUUUGAGUCAAAAUAGAAAUGCAUUCCAGACUGAAUUUGUGUAUUUCAUUUAAAAUUACUAUCCUGUGAUAUGGGAAAUUGCGUUGCUUAUCAUGUAUAUGUACUUUAAAAUGUAUUCACAAACUACUGUUGUACUUGUAUAAAAUAUAGACAAAAGAUUGCAUAUAUAUUUUUGUGUAUAAGCUCUGUAAAAUAGCUAUCACAUUAUGAAGCUGCAGCAAAAUUUCAUUUUAGACAUUCAUAUCCAAAGAAACAGACUAUUUAUUGUCCACAUACCCUGAUAAAAAAUAUAACUUGCUGCUAUUAAACAAUAGUGCUGCAGCUUCUUGUGGCCUACAGUGUUAUGUUUGCUGUACAAAAAUAUGUGAACUACACAAAAUAUCAAUAAAACUACAGAAUGGUUUUAGUUAUGUACAAAA